UUGCGUGUGAAGCUAGCCAAUCACUGACGCUGUUCGUCUGGUUCCGGUGUAAACCAGUGUCGCGCUAGCUUUCAUUUUGUGGCGUUGAAGACCAGACCUGAGAUACCUAACAUGGCGUACAGGGGUAGUCGAGGAAGGUACAGGAGAGAGUUGGAGUAUGACUACAGGUACAGAGAACAUCGCUCAAGACCUUCAGACACCUUAAGGAUCUCUCCUUAUACAAGGGAAAGUACAAUUGGCAGCAAUUAUUCCAGGUUUGAACGUAAUGAGUCUUAUGACUACAGGCCUUCUCAUGAUAGGCGAGAUCAGUACAGAUCUGGCUAUGUUAAUGAACACAAAAGCAGCUACAGGAAUAAUACUGCUGACCGAUAUGAAGAGAGCUACAAGAGUAGAUAUGACUAUUUUGACGAUAGAAACAACCAGGGCAGGGAAACUAUUCACAGCAGAAACAGUGCUACUUUUGGAGGAUCGUCACGAGGCAGAGGUCGUGGCAGAGGAAGGGGAAGCUUUAAUACAGGAUUCACAAGGGGAACAAAAAGAUACACAGAGCAACCUAAGUCUGGAGCGCCUUUCAAAAGACGAAAGCUGUCAGAUACUGAGAGUCGAAACCUCAAGAAAUAUCCACCCACAGCAAAUUAUGAAGAUCGUAAGCCACAUUUUUGGUCCGACCGACAGAAACACAGAAAACACGCGCAUUUUGAUAAAUACAACAAUCAAUGGAUGGCGUACACGUGUUCAUUUUGUAAGUUUAAAUCAUUUGAUAAAAAACGUUUUGAGGAACAUUUAGAGAGUGAGUGGCAUAAGGAAAUUUUGGAUCAUAUUCGGAAACAAACAAACUGUGAGAAAACAGUUAUUAACUUUUUCCAUGAAAUCACCUUGAAUAAGUGCAAAAAAGUAGAUGCUCUUAAAGUGCGGUGUACUCAAAAUGAAGAGGCGAACGUGGAAAAGGAUCUAUUGAAAGGUGUUACUCCAAAGGAUCAUAUGGAAGAAGUCAGGUCGGUGCAUUGCAGUGCCUGCGAUCUGGAUAUCCCUCCUGUGCACCUUUCUGUACAGUUGCACCUAAAAUCCCCUGAACACUUAAGGAACAGAGGGAUCUACAGAGAUAAAAUAAAAAUAAAAAGCUUAGUGGUCGCUUCAAGCAUCUUGGACAAUCCAGUUGUAAAUGCACGAUAUGAGUUAUUUUUGAAGGGUGAAUAUCCAUUUAGCACACAAGAAGCUGAAUCAGAAGCUGAAUUAGAUGCUGUAGACGAAAUAGAUGUUGCAGAAUCAGAUCCUGAAGCGGAAGAUGAUGCUGAAGCAGAACUGGGUGCUGAAGCGGGAGAGGAUGCUGAAGCUGGAGAGGAUGCUGAAGGGGGAGAAGAUGCUGAAGUGGAGACAGAUCAUGAAGAAGAGCCGGAUGGUGAUAUAGAACUAGGUUCUGAAGCAGAGCUUGAUGAUGAUGAUGAUAAUGCGGAGCAGAAUGAUGAAGCAGAUCUUGAUGCUGAAGGGGAACAAGAUGAUAAAAUGGUGGAGGCAGUUGAAAAUGAUGACAAGGGUUUAAAUUCUGACCCAGGAACCACCACUGAUGAUUAAUAAAGCUUUAUUUGGCAAAUUGUGGAAUAGUUUAAAAAAUGUAAAUUUUUAAUUCUUGCCAGGUUCUUUUUUUUUUUUUUUUUUUAAAGAUCUGUAACAAAUAUUGAAUGUCUACAAAACCUGUUCAGCUUUGCAUUUGGUACUAAAGUUGUUCGUUGUCUUUCUAAGUAUGUAAAAUAAAAUUGUGGUCUCAUUUUUGUUCUAUUUUUUUUUCUCAUGAUCUUAUCUGGAUUGCUUUUCACACAGGGUUGCUUCCUAGAGUAUUUGUCAGUUAUGUUGGAGUUUGUUAGACUAAGGAGGACAAUAUCAUCUGCUCAGAGUUAUUCACAUGGUUAUUGGUUAAAGGAACCAGUGUGCUGUAAAAAUUGUUUCUCCUUAAUGUGUUCAAUUAAUUAGGGCAAGAUUUACCAUUUAAUAAGUGGACAGGAUUCACAAGUUGUAAACCUCUCUGCACUUGAUCACAAAAUGUGGUGCAAAUAUUUUCCCCAUUUUAUCAUGGCAUGACAGAACACUGGUGCAAUGCUCCCACACACACACUCACGCAACCAAUUGCGUGAAACUAGGGCUUGUCAAUCAUUCUGGGUGAAUGAUUUUGAGAUGAUUUCUUUCAUACUGAGUCCAGGAUCCAUUACUCAUGGGAAAUACUCUUCCCUACCACUAGGAGGAAUAAAUUCCCAAACCCCAAGAGCUCUAUAAAGCUCCCACCUCACAUGUACCUCAGUCUUUGCUUUGCCUCCACUGGAGGUGGUCGCAAAAUGAAGAUGUGCAUUGGAUUCUUCAGAGAGAAGGGUUCUCGUUUUAUGUUAAAGCAUGGGUUCCCCUCAGAGUACUGUGCUUGUCAUAGGGAUGCAUAUGGGGUAUGGUUUGUGGCUUCUUUAUCACCUCAUGGGAAAUCUGUCACAGACGCUCUAUAAUUGGUCACAGGGUCUUUUGCCUCCUAUGGAUCUACAAUAAAUUCCUAUUUUAUAAUCUCUGCUGAUACUCGGCAAGUAUCAUUUUUUUAACAUGUAGACACACUGUAGCCUUACUAUGGGCCCUUAUAUUGUGUGUAUGUAAAUACAUAUAUACACAAAAACUGUAAGACUAUUUGUAAUGGUUAAAGUGAUGGUAAAGUUGCUGCUUAUGCUAUCAUUAUUUAUGUUUAAGAGUAAUGUGGGACAAUAGUCGCUAUGUUUUUGUUAAAAAAAUCCACAAUAAACAUUUAUAAUCAAUUGAUUUCUAAAA